GGGAGGGUGACGUAGGCGGAAGGGCACGUCACCCUCUGGGGAAGGCUGAGGCGGCGCCGCCGGGAGAGGAGCUCUUGAUAAAACAUGUCAUGGAUCAGAGAGGGCGAGCUGACCAUCAUAGAGAGAUUUUGUGCCAACAUCAUUAAGGCAGGUCCAAUGCCCAAGCAUGUGGCCUUCAUCAUGGAUGGCAACCGUCGUUACGCCCGCAAGUGCCACGUGGAGAGGCAGCAGGGGCACUCGCAAGGCUUCGAUAAGCUGGCUCAGACACUGCGGUGGUGUUUAAACCUUGGCAUUCGGGAGGUCACUGUUUAUGCCUUUAGUAUUGAGAACUUUAAACGCUCCAAGGAGGAGGUGGAUGGACUAAUGGAUUUGGCAAGGCAGAAAUUUAGCCGCCUACUGGAAGAACAGGAGAACCUGAAGAAACAUGGUGUGUGCAUCCGUGUCCUCGGGGACCUGCCCCUUCUGCCCUUGGAUAUUCAGGAGCUGAUUGCCCAAGCUGUGCUGGCAACAAGGAACUACAACAAAUGCUUUCUAAAUGUUUGUUUUGCAUACACAUCGAGACAUGAAAUCAGCAAUGCUGUCAGGGAGAUGGCAUGGGGGGUGGAACAAGGACUGCUGGAACCCAGUGACGUGUCUGAAUCAUUGCUUGAUAAGUGUCUGUACACCAACAACUCCCCUGACCCAGACCUCCUGAUUCGAACCUCUGGAGAGGUUCGACUGAGUGAUUUCCUACUCUGGCAGACAUCCCAUUCAUGCCUGGUGUUUCAGUCAGUCUUGUGGCCAGAAUAUUCCUUUUGGAACUUGUGUGAGGCUAUCCUUCGGUUCCAGAUGAACUACAGUGCUUUACAGAAGGCCAGAGACUCCUACAUGGAGGAAAGGAGGCGACAGCAGAUGGAAAGGGAUCAGGCUUAUGUGGCAAAGAAGCUGCAGCAGGAGGGGGUUGCAUCCCACGGAGACUCUCGGCGCCGGUGGACACUGUUGCAGACAUGCACUGCCAUGAGGGAGGAGAGAAUCCAGAGCUUCCUGCAGGCACUGGAGCACAAGAGAGCGGACUUCUUUGAGAGAUUGUGUUCGGUGUCCGCAUGACACAGGUGCUGGGUUCUUCAUGGGAAGACCAUUUUAAUAUGUGUUAGAGGGAACAGUUGCUGCCCUGAGGAAUUCACUCGCUGUGAGGACACAGGGCUGCUGCUGUAAGACUUGUCCCUGCUGGCCCUGACCAAGGGCAGGGACAGAGAGUACUGUGAACCCUUCUAGUUCUGUGAAUGCUGCCGAGGAAGGUAGUGCCGUCCGGACUCACCUCCCUGCCCCUGGUGAUGGAGAAUAAGCACACCCCACUGUAUCUCUGCUGCUUGAUACUUUACAGGUCUGGGGGUUUUGGUGACAAGAAGUUACCCGAAAUGAGCCUCUGGUUGUGUUUGACUCCUCAUGAAUUGGCCCAAGCAAACCAAUUCAGUCCUGCUAAAUCAGUCCAGACUUGAAUUCUUUCCAUAGUGAAUCUCUGUGGAGAUUUCCUCUGCUGUUCAAUAAAGGGAGCCUUGCUUCCUGCAGGGAGAGGGUAAUUCCUGGUGUGGAAGGGAGCCCCGUGCCAAGCAGUGGCAGAGAUAUUCCCCACUGCCUACUUCAUGAGAGCAUCUUGGCUUUUCCCCACCUUACUCUGCUGGUUUAGAUCUGCUCUUGUCUCCCAGAGAGCUAAAGUGAGGUGGUGUCAGCCUUGCUGUAAGGGAAAAAAGAUACUCCAAAGUCUCGCGAUCCCUUCUGAGCACUGUGUGUUGGGAGAACCCAAAUGCCAAAGAUGCUGAUGAUGAAGCUGACUAUCGGUGCUUAG